AAAGAUUGGGAGUCAUUCUCCCAUCUUUAAACAAUGACUUCUCUGGUUUUUUGGAAUUGUAGAGGAGCCAAGAAAGUUGAGGCUGCUCUAUAUUUGAAAGAGGUUAUUAAAGAUAACAAUGUGCUAAUGGUGGGUUUAUUGGAAAUGAAAAUCAGUAACUUGGAUAAUUCUCAGGUGCUAAAUUUCCUGGGAAGCAAUUGGGAUUACUUCAUGAUUCCGUCUAAUGGCUUAUCUGGUGGCCUGAUGAUAUUAUGGAGAAAAGAUUUGGCUAUGUUCUCUGUUAUUGAAGAAUCUCCACAAUUUAUCAUUGGAACUUUGAAUGUCUUCAACAAAAAUAAUUGGCUGGUUGCUGCAGUGUAUGGAAGCACCAAUGCUAUAGAGAGAAAGAUUAUUUGGGAGAGCUUGGAGAAGCAUUGUUCAAAUGAAAUGCCUAUGGUAGUGGGUGGAGAUUUUAAUUGUGUAUUAUCUCAAGAAGAUAAGAGAGGAGGAAAGAAAUUUAUUUUAUCUCAAGGUGCUAUAGAUAUGAAGAAUUUUUUGAUAAAUAAUGAUCUUCAUGAAGUGGAAGCUUAUGGGCCCAAAUUUACUUGGUGCAACAAUAAAAUGGGUGGAGCUCGUAUUCUGGAAAAGCUUGACCGUUGUUUUAUAAACUCCAUUGCUCUUAACUGUAUUCACAUUGCUCGGGUCAAGCACUUGGCUCGUAUAGCUUCAGACCAUUGCCCAAUUCUUCUUGAGAUCAUCAAGCCUGCUGAAGUCUUUGAUAGGAUCCUACGGUUUGAGUAUGUUUGGACCUCUUACUAUGGAGCCAAAUCUGUGGUUUCUAAAUAUUGGAAAAUCGGUAAAUGUGAGGAUCCAACCAUUUCUUUGAAUUUAAAGUUCAAAAGAACUUUGAAAGCAUUAUAUUUUUGGAGCAAAGCAAAUUUUAAGAAUCUCAAUAUGCUGAGAGAUGAAUUGAAAAUUGAAAUCAUGGAACUUCAAAAAGAGGAAGCUGAUGGUAGAAUUUCUGAUCCUAAUCUCCAAGUUCUCAAAUUCAAGAUCAAUGAACUCAACAUUACUCUAGCCCGGCUCAACUCUUGGUGGAAACAAAGAGCUAAAGCUAAAUGGAUGGAGGAAGGAGAUUCAAAUUCAUCGUUUUUUCAUGCCUUUGCCAAUGCUAGGAGGAACAACAACUGGAUCAAUAUUAUCAAGAAUAAGUCUGGACUUAUUACUGAAGAUCCUAUCCUAAUUCAAGAAGCAUUCUCUUAUUUUUUCAAAUCAAAGUGGCGCCACCGAGAUUGUUCUCUGGAUGACUGGCCAUUGCCUUGGGCUGUCAUUUCUAGUGAUGAUCAGAAAUGUUUGGAAGCAGAGUUUACGAAGGAAGAAAUGCAGGCGGUGGUUAUCUCUUCAGGAAAAAAUAUUUCACCUGGUAUUGAUGGCCAAUCAUUGGUGUGCGUGCAACGGCUCAAAAAUGCGCUCUUGUGCCACAUGUCGAGCCUAGGGGCGGCCACGUCGGAUCCAAUGAUCCGAUGGUCAGAACACAAGGCAACAUAAAUGAUGGCCAGAUGGUAACCAUGUCAUCCUCCCAGACUGCGGGAUAACCAGCGUUCGAGCUUUGGGGGAAGCCACACGGUAUGUCCAAAUCUGGGCCGUUUUACGUUUGAUCGGAUGGUCCAAUUCUUCUGGUUUUCUCUAGAUCAUUUUGAAUAGAAAUUUUUAAAUGCUCAUAUCUCCUAAAAUACUUGACAAAAUUUAACAAAAUUUGAAACGUAGCUAGAGGGCAACAUAAUCUAGCAAUACUUAGAGUUUGGAGGCUACAUGCUUUGAAGAUUUUCUACAGUUUCAAAUUUAACUUCUACCUAAAAGUGAGAAAAACUCAUAAUCUAUCUGGUGGAUAUUUAAGAUCUAGUAGUCCUUUUUCUCCUGCUUACGUCCUCUACAAGUUUGCUGAAGACUCCAAAGGAUUUUGAUGGCUUGAUUUGAAGAUAUCAAAGAGAGAUGGUGUUUCUUUCUUUUCUCUCUCUUUCUCCACUAAAAUGAUGAUUUUAAUGGUAAAAAUAGUGGGGGAAGGCUUGGAAUGGUCUUAGGAAGUUCUGGAGAGUGUGGGAGGUUCAUGGAGAGUUUUGGGGCUGGUAGAGUUUGGAACUUAGGUGAAAAAUGAGCAAUCCUAGGAUUAGGGCAAGUUCUUCUAUCUUAAACCCUUACUUAUGAAUUGGAUGGCUGAGAUUCAAUUAGGACGGGAUUAGAUGAGUAACAUGUGUCCCAUGAGCAGCCCAAAAUAAGAAGAAGAUUGCCUUGA